UAAGUUCUCUAGUCGUAUCACAUGAUCUGUUUCGUCAGUAAUCAACGGGCAAACAAUUAAUCUUCAAGUUGCUUCAUUUCUAGUGGAGGUGUUAAUUGUUGCUUUGACCUGCGCAAACAAAGCGCAGCUCUAUAGAUUUUUCGCGUUAGUAGCUCACAUUUCCAAUCAUAUGAGCCGAAGACAAACAUGGAUAAGCUUCUGUCAAUCUUGGAAGAUGGCUCCUUACACUUCACUUACACAACAGUCGCUGCAGCUGUAAUUUUAACUUUGAUCAUCUCCAGGUUUUUCUCACGAAGGAGGUCGGUCGACUUAGACCAGAAAUAUGUUCUAAUUACUGGCUGCGACUCUGGCUUCGGCCGUGAAACAGCCAUUCGACUGGACAAGAUGGGAGCGUGUGUGUUGGCGACUUGCCUGACUGAGGAAGGAGAGCAGAGUCUAAAGUCCGCGACCAGUGACAAACUAAAAACAUUCCAGUUGGAUGUGACAAGUUCAGAGCAGAUCAAAGAUCUUUACGAAGAGAUUCAGAGACUCCUGCCCUCCGACCAAGGUAUAUGGGGAUUGGUAAACAACGCUGGGAUCGCCAUUACUGGACCAAUAGAAUGGAUGCCUUUACAAAAAUCAAAACGCAUUGCUAAUGUUAAUUUGUGGGGAUUGAUUGACGUGACUAAAACCUUUCUACCGCUUGUCAAGAAGACCCGGGGCCGAGUGGUGAACAUGUCAAGUAUGUUGGGUCGUGUAGCGUUGCCUAAUGUUUCCAGCUACUGUAUAACCAAGUAUGGAGUGCAGGCAUUCUCCGAUGCCUUGAGGCGAGAAAUGAGCCCGUGGGGAAUACUGGUCAGUAUCAUAGAACCCGGUUUGUUCAAGACAGCUUUGGCGCACAUCGAGCGCAACACUCAAGCGGCGCAGGAAUUGUGGGACGACCUCAGUCCUGAGUUAAAGGAGGAAUAUGGGGAGAGAAAACUCACUCAACUCAAAAAGGGAAUUAGUAAAUUUUCCGAGAAUGCCAGCCCUGAUACAUACAAAGUUGUGGACGCUGUGAUCGAUGCUUUGACUUCUCAGCGACCUAAUACUCGUUACGCUGUGGGUCUGGAUGCAAAAGUAUCAAUCUUUAUUUCCUUCAUGCCCACUUUCAUUGGUGACAGCUUUUUCCGAAGACGCCGGUGAUAUGCCUUGGUUACCACGGAGCAUCUGCUUUUAUGAGAUCUCAGUAAGAUGCGUUUUAAAUAUCUGCCGUCUCCUAUCAAAAUCAUGACGUUUGCGCACAUGGUCUUACACAGCAGCACUAAUCGUGUUCACCUGUAUCACUGCAUAUCCCAACACAGCGGUCAAACGUCUGCGCAUGUGCUAACAUUGUAAAGACUAGGUGGCACUUAGUGGAGUGCUUUCAGGCUAUCAGAACCGAGUUUUCUCACACGAACUACAAACAAGCCAGUUAGUCACAGUGUUUUAGAAGUGUAUAACUCUUUUGGUAAAGCCCAAAACAGAAUGUCAAAUCGACAGGACACCCGUAAUCAAUAACCUUUGUGUUCGAGGUCUCGAGUUUUC